AUGGAUUGUCAGAGGAGGUGGGGAUGGCUCUCUUCAGCUUGGUUCCUCAUUCUGACCCAGGCAGUACACCACAGGUAUGUGGGUCAGUUUACUGCAGUGGGUACAUACUAUUCUCUCUUGGAACUAAGUGCAAUCAGCUUCAUGGAUGAAGUUGAAGUGGGAUUCUAUAACAAAGAAAACCAGCAACUUAUUAUCAAGAUACCCUGGCUCACUGAAGCACUGGGAGACGCUUACAUUAUCCAGAAGCGCAAUUUAUUGGUGUACCAUGAGCAACAUUUCCGCUGGAUGAUGCACUUCUUAGCAAUGAAUGAUACAAACCAUAACAGAAACCACACAGUGCAGCUCCUUGCAGACUGUGAAAUAGACAAUGACAUCAAGGUAAAGAGCUACAUCCACAUAAUUUGGGAUGGAGAGGAAAUCUACAGGAUAGAUGAAGAAGUUGGACAGUGGGAGUACCUGAAGCCUGAAGCCAAGCAAUACCAGCACAUUCUGGAGAGCCCCUUCUGGACUGAUCUGAGGAAACGCUACAUGAAUCAAUUUUGUGUUGACUUUAUGAAGAAAAUCAUGGGCUACAAAAGCAUAAGGGAUAAUGUGCCCCCUGAGAUGACCGUAUCUUACCGUGUCAACACAGAAGGCAGCAUCAUUCUCUCCUGUACAGCCACAGGCUUCUACCCACGCUCCAUCCAGCUGCAGUGGGAGAAGAAUGGGGAGCUGGGUGUAUGGGGAAAGGAGACUUCCACUGGCAUCCUGCCCAACAUGGAUUCCACCUUCUACCUCCGCCUUACCUUAGAGCUCCCACCAGAAGACCCAGGCAUGAACUUUACCUGUGUGGUGGAACACGUUGCGCUGAAGACCCCUGCUCUAUAUUCAGUCCCUGAAAAGCCCACACUGGAGAAGCCUUGGGUCCUGACACUGAGCAUAAUGUUGGCUGUCAUUCUACUGAUGAGCUGUGCUGGCGCCUUCAUACUAUGGAAAAAGAGGAAGUCAGGUGUGCAUGUAAUGAGAGAGAGAUAA